GAAAAUGGUCUUUUCGGUGGGCGACAGACCGAAAUCACAGAGUGGUCUCCCGCUUCACAUUACUGCUGCCGCGGUCAACAGAUGAGAGACACAGAGUCGUGCAUGACUGUAAACCACGCUAAGACGCUCUUCUGUAUCUGUUCUCAUCUAUAUCUGCUGACAUUUGCUUCCUCAGAGCUCGUUUGACAUUGAUCAUCCAGGCUCAAGCGGGAUUGUUAGUCUAUGUAAGAGAGAGAGAGAGCAGUAAAGGAGGAGGCCACUCCUUUGAUAAACUGAGCGGACUUGAAAAAGCUCUCUUCAUGCAGCUGCUGCUUUGUUAUAUUUACAUCCAGCAGAUGUGUUUGUUCAUAAAUCACUAGAGCUGCGUGUUUGGAUCCUUCUGGAAAUCUCGCGUUUAUCAUUAUUCUCGUGUCGCAUCUUCAAAGACGAAACAAUGUAACCUGGUAACACGAAUGCAGCAGGCUAGAGUUAAGAAGAUCCUACAGCAGCAGCAGCGAGCCGGGUCGAAGUAAAGUGAAAGCCCACACAGAUCCAGCCAUGCUGGAGGAGGACAUGGAAGUGGCCAUCAAGGUGGUGGUGGUGGGGAACGGAGCGGUCGGGAAGUCCAGUAUGAUUCAGAGAUACUGCAAGGGCAUCUUCACCAAGGACUACAAAAAGACCAUUGGGGUCGACUUUCUGGAAAGACAGAUAAUAGUUAACGGUGAGGACGUCAGAUUGAUGUUGUGGGACACAGCCGGACAGGAGGAGUUUGAUGCCAUCACCAAGGCCUAUUACAGAGGGGCGCAGGCCUGUGUGCUGGUGUUCUCCACCACCGACAGAGACUCGUUUGAGGCCAUCAGCAGCUGGAGGGAGAAGGUGGAGAUGGAGGUGGGCGACAUUCCCACCGUCCUGGUGCAGAACAAAAUUGAUCUGCUGGACGACACGGUUAUCAAGAAUGAAGAGGCUGAAGGUCUUGCUAAGAGGCUGAAGUUGAGAUUCUAUCGGACAUCGGUGAAGGAAGAUCUCAACGUCAAUGAAGUUUUUAAGUAUCUAGCUGACAAAUACCUGCAGCGACUCAAGCAACAGUCGGCGGAGGAGACUGAGGUUGUUCACACAUCCAGCAAUAAAAUAGGCGUUUUUAACACUACCGGUGGCUCUCAUCCGAACCAGAAUGCCGGUGAUUUGAACGGCCGUGAGGUCAUAAAUCUGCGACCAAACAAGCAGAGGACGAAGAAAACAAAAAACCCCUUCGGUAGCUGCAGACUGCUGUAGAGCGGCUCCUGAUUCACUGCUGGGGUCAAUGAGCCGCAGGUGACACAAGGCUUCACUAAACAUAAAGAAAAGUCUCUUCAUCCACAGCAGAUCUGUCAUAUUCUGUUUCAUACCAUCAUGGACUCCUGUGGAUGAGUGUGUCUGCUGCGGGUGAAUGUUUGCGCACCAGAGCCCUCUGCUGGCUGCAGCUGCUUCAAACACUAGUUUUUAACUUAGAUGGUGACUUUCUGCACCAAUAGCAGCAUCAAUCAGAAUUGCAUAAAAAAUAUGACACAUAAUGUUCUACUGGCACAGAAGUGACUUGACUGUGUCCUUAAAGUCAAAAACAACCCUUAUAGUGAUGGUAAAUUGGAGUCUUUUAAGCUAUUUUUGUAUCAAAAUGGAAAUCUUUUGGACACUGCCCGUCCUCUAAUUUUAACAAUGAUUGUGGCUCAAAAUUUAAAUGAGAAGCGAAUAUAUUUUCUCACAGAUGUGCAUUAUUUGAUGUGGUACACAGCAGGGUAAUAUUCAGAUUUUCUCUAAUGAGAAUAAUUACAAAAGAAAAAAAUCAGAUUUUUAACACACCAUUUGUGCUUUUGGACUGUUCAUCGUUUGUGCAAUAUGUUAGUAUCGAUGGAGAUGCAUCAUUUGCAAUCUUCCCUUAAAAGUAAAGUUCAUUUGUUUCUUAUGAACAGUGUCAUGAAGUUCAACCCGUAUGUACUUAUAGGUAUUUUUGUAUGAAAAAAUGUAGUAAUGACUUACUUAAAUCCACAACAUUUAACACAGUGCCAAAAUGUUUCUAAACUCUACGUACUUGUAAGAAAUGUAAAUAGCGUUAGUAAAUGGUUGAACAAGUCAGAUUUUUAGAUAUUGUUUCAAAUGAAAUCAACAUCCUUGAUAUGCAUCACCAUGCUCUUCUGAGACUUUGUCAUAUUCUAACUCAAUACCAAAUGCAAGAGAUGGAAUUAUAUAAACAUGUUCUUUUGGAAUAAGGAAGUUUAAUUUUUUUUUUUUUUUUUUUUUUUUUUUACUCAUUUUCUGACAACUGGCAAUGCUGUCAGAUAUUACAGCAUAUAACAUACACUCACUGCUAGGGCUGGGCGAUAUAGCUACUAAAAAUAUAUAGAUAUUAUAAGCCUUUUGAAGUUAUUCAACAUUCUACUUAAUAUAUAUACAUUUACUUUGAAGUUUUUUCAGUCGGUCACUUAUACUGUUUUAAACUAAAUUAACAUAAUUACAACUUUGUUGCUGUGAUAUACGAAAACGGUUUCGUCUAUCAACACGAAAUCCAUAACUUUUGGCCGGCACAGUCUGAAGAUGAUACAAUUCGAUUUUGGUGAAAAACGAACAAACGGUCUAGAAAGGAGUUCAAAAAAGUAGGUUUUGAAAGAAAAUCAAAAUGGCAGACAGGAAGUUUGACAAAAUAUGAAGAAUGUUCUCGGCAUGACCCAAGGAAUCUGUUAAGAGCAUUAAAAUAGGUUAAUUUAUUCAAAAGUUAUUAGCAUUUUUGUAAAUUUCAUUAUAACUUUUGACCACAAGGUGGCUGCCCUGAAACUUUUUGAGUACUGUCAGGGCAUAGUGCCAAAGACACAUAUGCUUAUGUAUUCAUAAAAUACAGCAUUUUAUGACAAAAUUAAAAAUUGCUGACACCCAAAAUGGCCAAUAUGGGAUAUCAAAUGGCCAUCCCCAAGUCUAACAAGACCACUUUUAUGAUUUUUGGACAAACCGUUCAGAUGUUAUAAGCAAAAAUAGGCAUUUUUCAUAUAUCCGGACCAGUAGGUGGCGUUGCGUCGAAAUGCAGCAUGUUACCUCAGGUCAUGCUUGUGAUGACAUGGACCAAAGUUUGGUUUGAAUAUGAUAAAAUGUUGAGGAGAUACAGCCUUAGUUCUAUUUUCGCAAGUGCUACGUAAAAUUUGUUAGCAUGCUUUUCAUAAACCAUAACUUUUUGUCGGCAUGGUCUGAAGAUGAUCUGAUUCAGUUUUCAUAAAAAUUGUAGGUAAAUUGUAGGAAAAAGUAGGUUUUUCUUAAAAUUUUUCAAAAAACAAAAAUCGAAAUCUAAAAACAAUAAAAAUCUAAUUGGCUUGGUGUAAUUGAAUCGGCUUGAGGAAUGGAAUCAGAGGAAAAAAGAAUUUUAUUUCUAAACAAACUUUUUGUUUCUUUUUUCUUUCCCUUACAUUUCAAAAGUUAUUAACAUAAACGUGAGUUUAACUUUGGUCAGGUGGUGGAGCUAGAGGGAUUGAGAUAUAGAGAUAGAGACUCCAAAUUUGCUAUGGUGACACAUCAGACUGUCUUCCAUCAGUGUUUCACAACUUUUUACCAUACGGGUCUAUGGGCUGCCAUAGACUCGAGCGGAAACGCCAACAAUUACAAGAGAUGCCUACGCACCUUCGACGCUUGGCCCCUAAUUAUAUUUACUCAUUUUCAUUCAUCUUGCACCUAUGUAAUAAAAAAAGAAACAUCAGUAUUUAUUUACAUAUUGUUUUGCUACUUAUUUACUAAAGCAUUUUAAUCCUUAAAGGUGCAAUGUAAAAUUUGGGAGGAUCUAUUGACAGAAAUGCAAUAUAAUAUACAUAACUAUGUUUUCAGUGGUGUAUAAAGACCUUACAUAAUGAACCGUUAUGUUUUUAUUACCGUAGAAUGAGCCUUUUUUAUCUUAUACACCGCGGGUCUCUUCUCCAUGUCAAGUCGUCAUUUUGUGCUGCCAUGUUUCUACAGCAGCCCUAAACGGACAAACACUCUACAGAGUAUGUUUAGUCACUCUCUUGUUUUUCUUCUAAAUCUCUCGUGUUUUUAGAGGCAGCUUGCAUUGUCACUACAUUGAAUAUGCAUGAAGUAGCAGUAGUAGUAGUAGUCGUCUGGUUUAGAAGCACAUGAAAACUACAUGUAAUGCGAUAAGCAAUUUGACUGUCCACACUAGAUACGACGCGACAAUGAGAAGCGAAAAAAUCAAUCAAAAACCACAGCCAAUCAGAAGAGUGUUUGCGGGCUCUCUUGGCAAGAGCACCGCAGACACAAUGAAAUGGGUAAAAUUCAUAAAUAUUACACCAUUUAAACAUUAUUUAAAGUAUAUACUGAGUGACUGAAACAAUCUUUGUCAUAGAAUACACUUGUUUGUUCUCAUUGACAGUUUGAAUGUUCUUGUGCCCAUUUAUUUAUUUUCAAGAUCUGAGGUGAAUUAGCCAGUGUUGUUUUCAUUACAGCUGAAAAGCUGGUACGAUAUUCACGAUAUUCACACUCGCAUAGACGCUUUUAACAUUAAAUAAAGCACAUAAACAGUACCUGAUAUUAUCAUUGCCAUACUUUGUGGUGGUGUUCCUGCUGUAACGUCACUGAGAAAUAGAAUCCGUUUCUAAAAUAGAAUCAUCAUGUGUUGCCCUCACGGCUGGUUAGGACAAAAACUCAGAUUAACAUGGAAAAGAUACCUUUUAUCGUGUGGCGUCACGUCGAGUGUAGUUAGGACACGGUGUUAGAAGUAAGAAGAAACCUCAUUGCUUGACUGGCUAACGUCUGCUCUCUCAGACAACGACAUCUUUGUCUUGUGUCGGCCAGACGGCCACCAUAGCUUCUCUGUUUUGCUUCAGAGGGAGGAGUGAGCAGUUUGCAAUCUCACCACUAGAUGCCGCUAAAAUUUACACACUGCACCUUUAAAGGGCGGGAACAUUUAAAGGGUUACUUCAGGAUUUAGCAUUAAGCUUUGUAUUAGUAGAAUACCACUAGUAUUUUCGAAUUAGCGUGCU